CUUUUUUGGCACGAGUUUGAGUUCGGCUGAUAAUUUUGUAAAUAAUGAAUAAACAAAAACAAACCAUGCUGCUGCAUUUUCACCAGAUUUUUAUCUUCAAAGUUAACUAAAAAGAAGCAAUUUGUCGUUUCAAGGGAAAUCACAAGGAAAAUGAACUACCAAGGUUGUUGCUCGAUUCCAAGUUGCGUCGAGGCCUACCGAAAGGUUGCUGAGCAUCUGUCUUAUCACAAGUUCCCACCCAAUGGUCCACGACAGGAAUGGAUAGAUGUGAUUCGCGACAUUAAGAAUGAAAAUAACUGGCAACCGACGAAAUUUGCAACGAUUUGCAGCCUUCACUUUCCAGAGAAGUGUUUCAAAACGACCCAGUUUAGAAGAAAUCUAUCCUCAACAGCCGUUCCAUCUCUGUUUUUGCGCCGUGAUAAUCCAAUUGAGAAGCAAAUAGAAGAUAAUCAAGAUUCCUUCGACAUGACGAACCAGGAGGUCUGCCUCUUGUGUUUAAAAGUUAUCUGUGACACGGUAGAAAAAUGCGCACAACAAAUCAGAGCGAAAAUCCUCUUCAGAUUGGUGACCCCGUGCCAUCAAAAUUCCAAAUCUGCUGAAGUUGAAGAUGACGAGAUAUGCCAAUUUUGUACCGAUUGUUAUUUCCUCUUGAGCACAAUAGGAGAAAAUAAGAGGCAAAUUUCACUCUUGGAGGAAGAAAUUGGGUCAAAAGUUAGGGAAAUUCAGGCCACAAUUUUGCACACUUCGUCCUCUUCCCAUUUACUGCAUAAUGGAAAACAAAACAUUAUACAAAUUCGUGACAUGCUUCUGCUGCGCGUGACAGGUGAGAACGAGGAACAUGACAACAAUUUUGCCUCCAACGAGCCCCAAGUCAAGUUGGAACACAUUUUUCCAGGAGAAAAUAUGGAAGAACAUGAUACAAAUAUUCUACCAGGUGAGGAUGAUAUCAAAUUUGAAGAUGAAACUAAUCCCCUUGGCGAUGUCAGCGACGAAUUACUCUACGACGACAUUAAUUCUUUCUGCGAGGCAAGCAUGGAAAAAACAGAGAAGGAAGAUUUCAUUGAAGAUGAAGACGAAGAAUCUGCUUUUUGUAUUAUUCCUUGGCCUCAAACCAAAGAUCCAAACGAAAAUCCCAAAUGUACAAAGAUUAAAAAUAUCCCCAUGAAACGAAGAACUGAAGGCUCCCCUCCUUUACGAAACACAAUUACGAAAAAGAAUAAACUGCAGCCUGAUAUAACUCCAACCCGUGAAUUAGCGACAAUGCCACAAAUCUCACCCACCACCAAAGAAGAAACCGCUCCACCCAUACGUUUCAAUAGUCUUGUGCAGGUCCGUGUCAUCAAAGCGUUCAAUCCAAUGUCAAACUCUGAAUCAUCAUCAGAAGACGACGAUACAAAAGCUACACCUGACAGCGAUGAUGAAGAUUUGGCUCCUAGUAUUGAAUUCGUCGACUCCAUCUCCACUUCUGCCGCCAUCGACCCCUGCCCCCACAAAUGUACCUCGUGUUCCAAAUCUUUCACGACGCAAUACGCCCUUACUCGCCAUUCCACCCGCGACCAUAGUAUCCCUUGCAUCGCGCCGUCCUGCACCGCCACGUUUCGCUCCAUCUCAUCCCGGGACGCCCACUUGAAAACUACCCACGAAGGCAUUUCCCCUCAUCAGUGUAAACUUUGCAAGGCUAAAUUCCGUCGACAAAAUGGUCUCGCUGCUCACAUGGUGAUUCGCCAUGAAAAGGGAGAGAAGAAAUUGACCUGUGUCAAAUGCGGGAAGAAAUUCUGCCUCGAGGAAAAUUUGGCGAGACAUUUGAAACUACAUGAAGUUGAAGGGAUCAAACCCGUCGUUUGUGACGUGUGUGACGCCCGAUUCGAGGACGAGGCGAGGCUUUUUCGACAUGCAGAGUCACACCAAGCGAAAACUGAUAAGUUUCAUUGUCCAUAUUGUGGGAAAGGAUACACGGAUAAGACAGCUAUGGAGAAGCAUUCUCGUACCCACACUGGCGAAAAAACGGAGAAAUGCCCCCACUGUGACGCCACCUUUGUCGAGAAGCCCACCCUGCAACGCCACAUCCUCCGGGACCACUCUUCAACCUCUACAGCUCCGCAUAUUUGUCACAUAUGCGGCAAAGGGUUUUAUCUCCCCGUUGACCUCAAGGUCCACCUUAAUCGUCACGAGGGCAAAAAUCGAGUCAAAUGCGACACGUGUGGCGAAACAUUUGUAAAAUUGAGUAGCUUACAAUCUCACCGUGUUAGACUGCACGGCCAAGACCCGUUCGUUUGUGAUGAAUGCGGAAGUACUUUCACGUCCGACGCAGGAUUAAGAAUACACAACAGGCUUCACGUGGGAAAUAAGAAGCACAAAUGUCAGACUUGUGGCGCCUGUUUUUUCGGCCUGUCGUAUCUCAACGUUCACAUGCGUACUCACACGGGCGAGCGACCCUACCCCUGCCCCCACUGCGAUAAAGCCUUCAAGACCAGGACCCCUUUGAACCUGCAUGUGAAAAGCAUCCACACUCCGGGCUACGUUCCUCCCACCCCGCACAAAUGUCCCCACUGCGAUAAAGGAUUCAAAACUCCGUUCUUUCUUCGUGGCCACAUCCGCCAAGCGCACACGGGAGAGCGCCCCUUCAUCUGCGACCAGUGCGGAAAAGGGUUCGCGGUCAACACAGCGCUGACCACGCAUUUGAAAGGGGCUCACGGCGUCGUCCUGGAAAAAACGAAAGAUAUGCUGCCAAGAUCGAAAAAGGAUGCUUUUGAUGCCAAAGAAUGAGAAUGCUUAAUUUUUUAAGCAAUAUUGCUAAAUUUCCAUUUUUCGACAGGAUUAAUUUAUAUUUUUGUAAGGAAAAUUAUUAUUAAACGGAGGACAUUGUGUUUGAUAUUUAAUAAUUAUGUAGAGGAAUAUUUAAGUAAAAUGUGUCUGCUUUGCUCAUGCUACAAAUUAAAUAAGAAAUUGCUUUAAUUGUAUUUAAUAUAUGAACCUAUAUGAAUAAUUUAAUAGCUGAUGAAGCUAUAUAAGCUAUAGCUGAUUAGCUGUUGAUAAAAAUAAUUUCAAAAUAUUUUAUUGACAUGUUAAAAUCCAUGAUUAUUUGUACAAGAAAAUGACGCUAUAAAAGAAUAUCAUUAAAAUUCGAGUUGCAUGAAAAUUUGUUUCCCUUUGUCUUCAUUUCUGAGACUUUUUUUGGCACGAGUUUGAGUUCUGAAAGUAAAUAAAAACAAAACUUGCAGCUGCGUUUUCACCUAAUUUUUUAAGCUAAAAAAUUAACAAUUAACUUGUCUUCUCAUGGGUAAACCACAUAUUUAUCAUAAUCCUAUAAUUUGCAUGAUAUUUAUUCGACAUGUUGACCCAGGUGUGCCUCUUCUGUUUACAAGUUUUCCGCGACGGCGACAAAUUUCCGGAAACAAUUCGACUCGAAACCCUCCUUAAACUGUUAACACUUUGUCAUCAUAAUUACAAGUCUUUAAACUCCGAA